AUGAGCGCAGUGAGCAUGGAUACGCUGUUGGCGACGCCCAACCAGAUCGGCGUCGCCAUCGUGACCCUCGAUGGCAGCAUCGUAAGCGCUGCUGGCGACUUGGCCGGCGACGAAGGGGUUGACGCGUGCAACGCUGUGCGCCACAUGCUCCUCGACGUGGGCAACCUUUCGAUCUUGAAGGCUACGGACCCCCAGCGCGAGCUGCUUGAAAGCAUCACGAUUGCCUUCCCAAGCUACGAGUACUCUGUUUCUCUUGACGAAAGCCACUUGUACAUUGUCAAGUCGACGCCCGACGGCAUGAACUAA